CAGACACCGAACGAAAUUUUUUUCCAAAAGUCUCCCACGGGCACCGUAAAAUUGAUAAUCGGUAAACAGACGACGAGAUUUUUAUCCGAAAUAUGAAGAGUACCUAAGUAUCCAGAUUACUUUUAAUGUUGCCUUUGAAGCGUAAACAUCAAUUAUUCGCAAUUGUUUUGGAUGAACUGCAGUGAAUUUGUUUGGUGAUUUGGAUAACCCCCAUUGUGAUAGAGCAAAAACUCCAAGAUGUCACCGGGAACCAUGUUGGACCCCCCCAACAUCCUCGAACCCUCCCCGGAAACCUAUCUCGACUUCCCCUUCUUCGAGAACAUGGAGUCCUCCAGCUGCACCAGUUUCGACUCCACAGACAGCACCGACUUAGAACCCCGCGAAUUCCCUGCCCUGAACGGCGAAGACAUGUUCUUGGACAGCAUCAUCAAGGGCCUCUUCAACACCACCUCAGACAACCCCUGGACUGGCCUCGACAUGGAGGACCUCAGCCUCUUGGACCCCAGCAACAUGGAGGUGCUCGGCAUAGACUUGGACCUACCCCCCACAGACAUCGAGCAGAUCUUCAGCGACACAAUCAGUGAGCUGGACCUGGAUAUUUCCUCCAAAGUGAACGACUUCUUCUCGAACAGCUCAGACACCAGCUUGGUCGAUACAAGUGCCAGCCAGCUGGAGCCUCUGGCUGCUAUGUUUCCUCACAUCAGCGAGGAGAAGAACAGAAGAAGGCGCAGCCUGCUUUAUGACAGAAAAGCCCCUGCAACAGGAGGCAAAGCCGCCUUUGACUGCAGGCGCUCAGACCCACUAACAAACCACGACUACGCGCAGAAGAAUGAGGAAGACAAGUACUUCGUUUGUCCCAUGGCUGCCUGCGAUAAGGUGUACGCCAAGUCCUCGCAUCUGAAGGCGCAUUUGAGGAGGCACAGCGGGGAGAAGCCGUUCGUCUGCAACUGGUUGAAUUGUACUUGGAGGUUUUCGAGGUCAGAUGAGUUGGCUAGGCACAAGAGAUCGCAUUCCGGGGUGAGGCCUUAUAAGUGCGAGCUUUGCGAGAAAGCUUUCGCUAGGUCGGACCAUUUGUCUAAGCACAGGAAGGUGCACAAGAAGAAGAUGUCUCAGUUUGGGAGUUACCAUAUCAAGAGGAGGGGGAGGGUGAAUUGAGGCGAGUGCGUUUUUUGGUACUGGUGUGAGUGAUGGUACUUUUGGAGUCGUUGGUACAGGGUGAUUCACCAUAAAUGUCCCCCCCCUCUAGCUCAGUUAUUAUUCAACCGAUUUCGAAAUUUUAAGAAUAAUUUGAUAAUUUCUGCUGGGAAAACUAUAUGUACAAGGUACCAGUUCAUUUUUUCGAAUGGGACACCCUGUAUUUCAUUGCACAAUCAGUUAGAUAUUUUUAAAAUGAAGCC